UAAAAUUAAUAUUAUAGAUAUUUAAUCUAAGGUAAGUUGAAUUUGCACAAAAAAUUUAAUAAUUAACUGAAAGGAAAUUUAAUUAUCUAUUUUGGAUAUUUGAGGAGCAGGAAUAUGCAUGAAUUCAAAGAAAAAUACAGGUUUUUUAACCAAAAUUGGUUAUCAAGAAGUUGCAGGAGCAUUAUUCAUUUUUGAUAUUACUUGCAGAAAUUCAUUUAAAAGUUUAGACCAAUUGCUAAAAGUACAAAAUCAAUUUAAUUUAUUAGGAUUAUAAAUUGAAUACAUCAUCAAUAGUUAUAAUUUUGCCUGCAAACAAAAUAGACCUUUAAGAAUAAAGAAAAGUAAGUAAACUAGAAGCUGCAUAAUUUGUAUUCGAGUACAGUUUGGUAUAUUUGGAGACUAGAGCAAUUGAUGACUAUGGCAUACAGUAAGAAAUGGAAUAAUUGGCAACUUCCACAUUGAUUAGAAAUCAUAAAAUUAUCGCAAUUAACUGA